UUGGAAUAACUGUUAAGUUGUUGGAAAUAACUUAAUGGUAAGAAGCGCGUUGAGAAGCCCGUAGUUCAGUUGCGCAGACGCAUCAGAUCAACUCUCUGGAACUCCAAACUGUUCUGCUGUUUUCACACAUACUUACAUAUUAAUAAUGUAUUCAAAAGUAUUUCUUUUAUUUUCAUUUUUAUUAGUUGACGCGGCUCCUAACGUGUAUGACCAGUCUCAAAACGGACAAUUAAAUGUACAAGUGGAUUUGAAAGAUCUUCAAAUUUUCGCGCUAUUAAAAGGUCAACAUGAAGAAUAUUAUGAGGACAUCGAUUACGCCUACGAUUACUCCGAAAUGACGAUCAAACCGCAGAUGAAUACAUCAAAAAAACCAAUGAAUACUACCGGUAGCUUAGCGAACGUAACUGAAAUGAUAAUCAAACCGGAGAUAAGCACAUCGCCAACGCCACUGAACGGCACUACUGGCACUUCCACGGAACACAUAACAGAAAUGACUAUCAAACCGAUAAGUACAUCACAGGCACUAUUGGAUGUCACUACUGAUACACCAUCAGUCAAAGUAACAGAAAUGUUUAUCAACGAUGAACUCGACAAAUCGGCGAUGAACUCGACACAAAAACCAUCAAGUGUAUUUUCUGACACCUCGACGGACAACGUUACAGAAGUGACGACCAAAUCGCAGAUGAGCACUUUAAAAACGUCGGUGAAUUUAAAUAUUACUAGUAGCACUUCUACGGAAUACAUAGUAUCGACAACCGAUAGUUCUCUUGAAACAUUCAAAAAUAAUACAGAAGAUGACGGUUUCUUGAACUUUUUUUCUAUGUGGUUCAAUCCCUAUACUUCAACAACAUCGAAUACACAAUCAAGGCUGCUGGAGCCGCAGCCUCGAGAGCAUGAGGGUGUAACUGCGAUGAGUAUAAAUAUGGCAGCCGCCAAGGGGAGCAUGGAGACAAUAACAAGACACACGAACACAUCGGACCUUGUAACGCGAGAACCUAAUCCUCGUUUGAGCAAUAUUUCCCUAAAUAAAACUGAAAUAGAGCAUACGCCAAAAAUUACAAAUACUAUUGGAUCAAAUUACACUAAAUGCAAGAAAGGAUUUAUUCUAAACCAAAGAGGAGGCUGCGAGGUGAAGAUAGAAACCAUGUCCAACUCUUCCAGAUUGCUGAAAAUAGUACAACUCUCCCAAAAAUUGAAACCUAAAAAGAUAUAGAAACCGCCAGGACCCAUUUUGAUAACACGCGUCGAUAAGGUGAACGAACGUACCUACCAGCAAAUGAUAAUUUCGAAUUAGCUAUUAGCAAGCAGUUGAGCGUACGAUUAAAGUGUAUAAAACUCAAGCUUAGGCUGAAUAUGAAUGCUAGAAUGAUGAUAUUUUCAUUACUUACCGUCAACAUUGUAUUCAUAAGAUUUAAGACUGCAAUGUAAUAAACGAUUUUUAAAGUACUAAGA